GUUGGAACAUCGAACUAUUAACAGACUAUUCUCUGUUUUCGAAAUAUCCACCAUUUCCAACGUCAUGGAUAUCUCGUUGUACCUCCGCGUGAAACCCUCGCCCGAGGGAGGCGACCCCAUUUUCCGCACUACCAACGACGACUUGAUUCUCGGCGACUCCCAAGAAAAGUAUGCAUUUGAAAAGAUCUUCCGCGGUCCUGCCUCCCAGGAUAAUGUUUACCAAAAUACGGUCGCAAAUUUGGUUCGAAAGGUGCUCACCCAGCGGGAAGAUGCGUGUUUCGUGGCAAUGGGGCCGUCCAACAGUGGAAAGUCCUAUUCGAUGUUCGGAACUACUGCCGAACCGGGGAUUUGUUUCCAGAGCUUGAGGGACAUUUUUACGCAUCAGGAAGGAUCGCUGGACCGGCUGAUGGUUAGUUUAUCCAUGUUUGAACUCCACAAUGACUUCAUCCGAGACCUCUUCACCAACGAAAUCACACCCAAAACCAACAGGGAGAUCUACACCGGUCCAGACCACAAGAUUAGAUGCAAUGUUUCGAAGAAAGUAGCGGAGAGCUAUGCUGAGAGCGUAGAAUUGGUCCGCCGAGGUUUGGUCCACCGCUCCAUGGCUGCCACCGCCACCAACCCUUACUCCUCGCGGUCCCAUUGCUUCAUUCAGAUCGACCAUGUGCGGUUUAACCCAGGUCCCAGUACUAAUUUCCGCCACAGCGAUAGCGUAAUCUUUGAAAAACACCCCGUUUCUCCUCCCAGCUCCAUCGCCAGGUUGACCAUUGCUGACUUGGCAGGAAACGAGCGGACAAAGUUAGCCGAAACCUACGGAACCACCCUCAAGGAAGGGGCCUACACCAAUACCACAUUGUCCGAGUUGGGCAGAGUGUUGGAAAUGGCCAGUACUCGGCGGCGCGUGUCCGCACCGGCGAUCCGCAACUCCAAGUUGACCCGACUUUUGUUCACGGACUUGGUCAACCCGCUUGUGCGGUCGUCGCUUGCCUUGAUGGUAAAUCUUGAUCCGCAGGGGGACGUUUCCACCGUCAGCCAGUGCCUUCGGUUUAUUUGGCCAUUGAAGUGCCUGGGGGCAUUGGCUAGAUUACCGUCAGCCAGCUGUGAGACCCCCAUCCCCGUGGACCCGUCUAGCGCUGGAAAGAUAGUUGAAGCCGAGUUACGGGUUACUGAGCUGGAAAAUACGAGACUUUUGGCGGAAUGUGUACAACUUAGAGCGGAAAACACCCUUCUUAGAGAGGAAAACAUUUUGUUUGAGAGCAGGCUCUUGGACUUGGAACGCGUCACUCGGAUAAACGUGGGCGAACACUACGAUCUUCUUAUUGAAAGGUUGAAGAACGAGUAUGAGUCGCACAGAUUCAAGCAGGAGGAUAACUAUACAAAGGAAUCGGAUAAAAAAUUGGAGCUGCUUUCAAAAUACUACGAGAAGAAAUUGGCCGAUAUGGGCGAGGAACACGAACGGCUCGAGGGCGAAUUAGAAGAAGCGAAGGGUGAAAUGGAGGUGUUGGUGUUAGAUAAGCAGAUUGUUGCGGAGGAGGUGGACUACUACAAGCUCAAGCUUGGGUUUACAGCCGACGAAUUGGCUUCGUUAGGGGAAAAGCAUGGAAAGCUUGAGGCUGAAGCAGCAGAGGUGGUGGCGAAGUACGACACGCUUAAAUCGUCAAUAGAGGAAUUGACGGUGUUUAAAGAGAAGUAUGGGCCUUUGCAUGACAAACACGAGGCAUUAACGAUGGCCUAUGAGACCAUGGUCAAAGCGCAGGUGAAGGAGAGAAAUGCCAAACUGGACUCUGAAGCCAGAAUGAUACAGGCCCUUGGGGAUUCCCGUCGUGAGAGCUCUGAGCUAAAGAGAAAGCUUGAGUCUCAGGAUGCGAAUUUGAAAUCCAUUCAAGCGGAAUUAGAUGAGUUGAAAAAUUCAGAAGUGAAAGGUGCUAAUUCUGAGACGGUGACUAGCCCGUCCAAGAAGGACAAUGAAAGUGUUCAAAAACCAGUACAGUGGAAGGUUGCAAAGUUCAAACGGCCAACCGAAGCACAGGCCAUGGAACACCUCGAUAACUACCCUAAGGACAAGAGGGCCAUUGCAAAGCUGAUUCUUGCGGAAGCAAAAGAAAACAUAUCCCCAGCCAAUGCAGCCAGUGUCUUGAAGCACCAACGCGACCCAAGUAGCUCGGAUAAACAUGGGUCUAAGAAGCGCGUGCUUGCCCGUAAACGCGGUAAUUCCAAAAAUGAGAAGGACAUUUAAGACUGGCGGAGUCAUACCCUUUUACGAAUUAUGAACCAUAUGCAUUGGAAGUUAAACUGGCCACAAAACGGCACUUAGAUCCGUAUAGUGAGAUGCAAUAAAUGAUUAUCGUUCCACUGGCUUGUAAUUAUGACCUGCCCGUUUAUCACCAUAGCCUCUAUUUUAUUACAGUAGCAGCUGGAGGGCAGUAAAUCUUAGGGCUGC